AUGCUUAAUAUCUUUAGUUUGAUCUGUCUUACUUCCGCCCUUUAUUCGAGUAGUUUUUUCUUAGCCAAAUUGCCUGAGGCCUACGCUUUUUUGAGCCCAAUCGUAGAUUUUAUGCCAGUAAUACCCCUUCUCUUUUUUCUCUUAGCCUUUGUUUGGCAAGCUGCUGUAAGUUUUCGAUGA